UUUGCAGAAUCACCAUGGCGGCUGCGCUGAAAGAGACUGUCGGUCUGUAUGAGACUCUAAAAACCGAAUGGAACAAGAAAAAUCCAAAUGUGAACAAAUGUGGAGAGAUACUGAGCAAGCUCAAGGUUUCUCUUUUGGAAUUAAAUUUUUUACCAACGACUGGGAUGAAACUCUCAAAACAGCAGCUUAUUUUAGCCCGUGAUGUGCUGGAGAUUGGAGCAUUGUGGAGCAUUUUGAAGAAAGAUAUCCCUUCUUUUGAGCGAUACAUGGCUCAGCUGAAGUGUUAUUAUUUUGAUUACAAGGACGAGCUGCCAGAGUCAGCCUACAUGCACCAGCUGCUGGGUCUUAAUCUGCUUUUCCUACUCUCCCAGAACAGAGUCUCUGAAUUUCACACAGAACUGGAGAGACUGAGUGCUAAAGACAUCCAGGCCAAUGUCUACAUCAAGCACCCAGUUUCAUUAGAGCAAUAUCUAAUGGAGGGCAGUUAUAACAAGGUUUUUCUUGCAAAAGGAAACAUUCCUGCUGAAAGCUAUACCUUCUUCAUAGACAUUCUUCUUGACACUAUCCGUGAUGAGAUUGCAGGAUGCAUUGAGAAGGCGUAUGAGCAAAUUCAGUUCAAUGAGGCCACAAGAGUGCUUUUUUUCUCUUCACCAAAGAAGAUGAUGGAAUAUGCUAAGAAAAAAGGCUGGACACAGAACACUGAUGGCUGCUACUCUUUCAGCUCUCAGCAACAGCGGACAGAGGAAGUGACUAUUCCAUCAACAGAGUUGGCCAAACAAGUUAUUGAAUAUGCAAGACAGCUCGAAAUGAUUGUGUAGUUCAACACAGAUGAGCUUUCAUCACCACCAACACCACAUUUAUUUUGAUUUAUACAUAGUAUAAUAGACAACCCUGGGAGUGUGAUGUGUACAGAGUAUGGUUUGCUCAGGACCGGUGCUCUGAUGUACAUGCACAGACAGACGAGGCUUAUUUUCCUACAUUGGAUGGUCCUCAUAACUAUCAUUACUCACUUGUGACUGGUGGAGCUUUGACAAAAAGCUGUAUGAGCUUUUUUUUUUUUUUUAAAUAACGUUUGUGCAUGACUGUAAGAAUUUUGUCAAGGAUAAUAAAACAAAAACUGGUUGCCGAA